AUCCAGAGUAAAAUUUUAACCUUUUCGCGUAGACUGUCCAGAGUCCGCGAAUAUUGGGCAGUUUCUGUAUAUAUAUGUACAUAGAUUUCAAUAAGGAAAACAGGAAACAGAAGAAAUUCAAAGACAGAAUCAUCACAAUUUGACUAAUUGAAAUCUGAAUUGAAGAUGGCUGUUGCUCAUAGCUUUGGUACAGAUCCAAUCACCUGUCAUGCUUGGAACAAAGACAGAUCACAGAUUGCUGUUUGCCCAAAUAGUAGCAAUGUGAUUAUCUACACACUGCGUGCUGGUCGCUGGGAGGAGACUGCAGUGUUGAAGGAACACACACAGCGGGUUACUGGAAUAGACUGGGCUGUCAAUAGCAACCUCAUUGUAACAUGCAGUGCUGAUCGAAAUGCGUAUGUGUGGAACCUGCGUGAUGGAGAGUGGAAGCCUACACUUGUUAUCUUGCGUAUCAAUCGUGCUGCCACCUGUGUUAAGUGGUCUCCAAAAGAGAACAAGUUUGCCGUUGGUAGUGGAGCACGUCUUAUAUCUGUGUGUUACUUUGAGAAAGAAAAUGAUUGGUGGGUAAGCAAGCACAUCAAGAAGCCAAUCAGAUCAACUGUUACAAGCAUUGACUGGCAUCCAAACAACAUUCUAAUCGGAUGUGGAUCGACUGACUUCAAAGCAAGAGUUUUCUCGGCCUACAUCAAAGAUAUUGAAGAUAAACCAACUGCCACUGUCUGGGGAAAGAAAAUGACAUUUGGCAAUUUGAUGGCAGAGUUCUCCAAUGGCGGAGGAGGCUGGGUACAUUAUGUGGCCUUCUCUGCAAGUGGAGACAAAUUAGCUUGGGUAGGACAUGAUGCUAGUGUCUCGGUUGUUGACAGCAAUAAGGAAAUGCUGAUGGCAACUGCUAAAACAGCGUUCCUGCCUUUCAUGUGCUGUGAGUGGGUGUCGGAAAACAGCCUUGUAGUAGCUGGGCACUCCUGCAAUCCAAUGCUGUUUCUUCAUGAUGACCGCGGACAAAUGCAGUUCUUGCAUAAACUGGAUGUUGAGAAACAGUCUGAGGGUGGAAAGAUCAACGCCAUGAAGAGGUUCCAGAUGAUGGACAAGCAGGCGGAUGAAUCUGUUGACAAGAAGCUUGGUACAGUACAUCAGAACAGUAUCACAGGGAUCUCUAUUCAUUCAGGCUCUAAGGCGUCCACGCAGAAGUUUGCUACUGUUGGCGUUGAUGGUCAAAUGUGUCUCUGGGACUUCAAGACAUUGGAGUCCUCUAUUGCUGGCCUCAGACUGCAGUAAAUGCGUGCCUACAACAUGCGAAGACAACACUUUGGCAACUGUACACCAAAAAUAAUUCCACUGGACAUCUUCAUAACAAACAAUCACAAUCUUCCACCGAGAUGUCUUGAGCAAACACGAUAUAUUAACAUAAUGAUUACCCUAAUUGACAUUGUCUUAAAUUUUCCCAUCCUCUACUAAUUCAGGGCUACAUUUGCUAGAGGUGUCACGGAGCAACAAAAAAAUCGGAAUGGUUCGGUAGAAUCCACUUUGUUCUCCUUCUGGAGCCCUGCAUUUAGAGGGUGCUAUUUCUGUACAAUACACAUCUUACUAGGCUUUGCCAAUUCAGUGAUCAAUUAAACUCACAAUAAUAACAGACUUGUAUUUGUAUAAUUAAGAACAUUUUGUAUUUCAUAUGUAAAUGUAUGAUUUUAUAAUACUGUAUAUAACAUAGCAACAGUUGCCAAUAAAUCAAUGUUGAAAACUUACAUAAUAGUUACAUUUUAUAUUCACUGUAAUAAUCAAUUCAUCCCAAUUUUUCCAAAAACCCAAUAUUCCCAUCACCGGUAAAUAAUUGAAUGUUACCAUUUCCUAAAAUGUCUUUAAUUUGACAUUUAAUAUUUCUGGAUGUAAAUUAUGAUAAGCUUUUUGAUAAUAAAUAAUCGAUAAUAAUAUAUAAAAAUACAAUAUGACUAUUAAACAAAUAAAUAUAUAGGGUGUCCACAAAGUCUACAAUUCCAAUACAGUCUUAUACUGUGUAGAGACUUCACGGUUACCCUGUACAUUUAAAUACACAUUUUAUAAUGUAAAGUAUAACAUGACAAAUAAUAUGUCUGUGUAGUCAUAAUCAUGAAGAUUUUAAUGGAAAUGACUUUGUCCUUCAAAAUUCUCCUUGGACCACAAAUACUUUUCUACUUGUACUAUAUUAAGAAAGACAAAUAAUUGUUGGCUCAAGUCCUGCCAUAUGUUAAAUACCUUGGUGUACAAAAUAAUGCUGUAUGAAAUUAAAAAAAAUUAUAUUUUUGACAAUAUGUGCUUGAUCAUUCAUAUGUCUAUUUUAUGAGCAUUCUUACAUUUAUGAAUCCAUAAGUCAAUUGUUACAAAAAUGUGCAUGUUCAUGCAGUAAUGCACCUCAGAUUAUUGCACUUAAAAUUCAUUUAAAAUCAGCAGUUUUGGCUUUUUGGGCAGCAUUCUAAAUGUUUUUGCUUAAAGUGUCCGCCCUUUUUGGCUACGUAUAGCACAGAGUUUACACUAGUGGAUUAGACUAGUUCAUUUUUUAUAUGGGUGUGAAGACUCAUUAUUCACAUGUUUCCUUUAUUACUGUUUUGUUACGACUACCGAGGCUACUACUGUAUAUAUAAUCGGAUACAACAAUAACUUAAUGUGUCACUGG